AUGCCUUAUCAAUCAAGAAGAGUGAAGCAAGUGGGUACACAAAGUAGCACAAAAGCAUUGAUUGUAGACUCGUUAACGAUUGAACCCCAUGGAAAAGUUUUCACUCACCAAUCUUUAUCGAAAGCUGUGAAACACGAGUCCAUAGCUAUCAGUGAAGGUUCGAUGAGUUCUGAUUCCAUAAUAACAACGUUCUCCACUCGAGACUUACAAUUUAAAGCAGAAAAUCAACAAACUUUCAACAAGCUUCCAAGAACUGUGGUGGUUUCGAGGAAUCAUCAUGAUUACAUGAAAAGUUAA